GCAGGAUUUCAAACCGGAGCUGGCGGCGCGGUGCGGCUGUGCCGUUGGGUGAGGCGCGCAGCGAAGUGGAAGGCAGUCCAGGUGGGGCCCGGCGCCUGGGUGCUGCGCGACCAGAAAGAUGGAUACUACAAUGCUGAAUUUGCGGAAUCUGUUUGAGCAGCUUGUGCGCCGGGUGGAGAUUCUCAGUGAAGGAAAUGAACUCCAAUUCAUCCAGUUGGCGAAGGACUUUGAGGAUUUCCGUAAGAAGUGGCAGAGAACAGACCAUGAACUGGGGAAAUACAAGGAUCUUUUGAUGAAAGCAGAGACUGAGCGUAGUGCUCUGGAUGUUAAGCUGAAGCAUGCACGUAAUCAAGUGGAUGUAGAGAUCAAACGGAGACAGCGAGCUGAGGCUGACUGUGAAAAGCUGGAACGACAGAUUCAGCUGAUUCGAGAGAUGCUCAUGUGUGACACAUCUGGCAGCAUUCAACUAAGUGAGGAACAAAAAUCAGCUCUGGCUUUUCUCAAUAGAGGCCAACCAUCCAGUGGCAAUGCUGGGAACAAAAGAUUGUCAACCAUUGAUGAAUCUGGUUCCAUUUUAUCAGAUAUCAGCUUUGACAAGACUGAUGAAUCUCUGGACUGGGAUUCUUCUUUGGUGAAGAAUUUCAGAUUGAAGAAGAGAGAAAAGAGGCGCUCCAGUAGCCGACAGUUCGUUGAUGGACCCCCUGGGCCUAUAAAGAAAACUCGUUCCAUUGGCUCCGCAGUAGACCAGGGGAAUGAAUCCAUAGUUGCAAAAACUACAGUGACUGUUCCCAAUGAUGGUGGGCCCAUUGAAGCUGUGUCUACUAUUGAGACAGUGCCAUAUUGGACCAGGAGCCGAAGGAAAACUGGUACUUUACAACCUUGGAACAGUGACUCUACCUUGAGCAACAGGCCAAUGGAGGCAAGAACUGAGACAGACAGUUCAGGCACUCCACAGACUAACGGAGGGAUGCGGCUGCAUGACUUUGUCUCUAAGACGGUUAUUAAACCCGAAUCCUGUGUUCCAUGUGGGAAACGGAUAAAAUUUGGCAAGCUGUCUCUGAAGUGUCGAGAUUGUCGGGUGGUCUCUCAUCCAGAAUGUCGUGACCGCUGUCCCCUUCCCUGCAUUCCUACCCUGAUAGGAACACCCGUCAAGAUUGGAGAGGGAAUGCUGGCUGAUUUUGUGUCCCAGACUUCUCCAAUGAUCCCCUCCAUUAUUGUCCACUGUGUGAAUGAAAUUGAGCAGAGAGGACUGACUGAGACAGGCUUAUAUAGGAUCUCAGGCUGUGACCGGACAGUAAAAGAAUUGAAAGAGAAAUUCCUCAGAGUGAAAACUGUACCCCUGCUCAGCAAAGUGGAUGAUAUCCAUGCCAUCUGUAGCCUUCUAAAAGAUUUCCUCCGAAACCUCAAAGAACCCCUUCUGACUUUUCGGCUAAACAAAGCCUUUAUGGAAGCAGCAGAAAUCACAGAUGAAGACAAUAGUAUAGCUGCCAUGUACCAGGCUGUUAGUGAACUGCCCCAGGCCAACAGGGACACAUUAGCCUUCCUCAUGAUUCACUUACAGAGAGUGGCUCAGAGUCCAAACACUAAAAUGGAUGUUGCCAAUCUGGCUAAAGUCUUUGGUCCUACAAUAGUUGCCCAUGCUGUGCCCAAUCCAGACCCAGUGACAAUGUUACAGGACAUCAAGCGUCAACCCAAGGUGGUAGAGCGCCUGCUUUCAUUGCCCCUGGAAUACUGGAGUCAGUUCAUGAUGGUGGAGCAAGAGAAUAUUGAUCCCCUGCGUGUCAUUGAAAACUCAAAUGUCUUUUCAACACCACAGACACCAGAUAUUAAAGUGAGUUUACUGGGGCCUGUGACCACUCCUGAGCACCAGCUUCUCAAGACUCCUUCAUCAAGCUCCCUGUCGCAGAGAGUCCGCUCUACCCUCACCAAGAACACUCCCAGAUUUGGGAGCAAAAGCAAGUCUGCCACCAACCUAGGACGACAAGGCAACUUUUUUGCUUCUCCAAUCCUCAAAUGAAGUCACAUCUGCCUGUUACUUCCCGGCAUUUACUGACUGCAAGAAAAGCACACCUGUACUCUCUGCUCUGCAGCCUCCUGUACUCAUUACUACUUUUAGCAUUCUCUAGGCUUUUAAUCACGUUUAAUUGUGCAUGAGGGUUUUAUUAAAACUAUAUAUAUCUCCUUUUCUCCUCUGGUAAUAUAAUAUCAGCACUUUGUGCUAGUUGCUGUUGGGAGUUUUUAGAUGGGAGGUCUUUACAGGGGUAAAAGGAAUAAUAUAGAAUUUGUUGUGAUUCUCUUUGGGGCAAGGGGCAUCCCUUUGGCCUAAAGCCAAAUGAUACUCAUGGAAUGACUUUUCUCUGGUGUUGCUUAGAACUAAUUUCCAUGAGACAGUGAUAAAACAUUACGUCUUUGGUAAGAACUUGUCUUGGUGGAGUGGGAGGACAGAGUAAAGAAAGGAUUGGUCAGAGGAUGUUAGGAUGGCUCCUUCUCAGAACUUACAGUGCCCCUUCCCCUCGAUGAAUUGAUCUGUAAUGUGGAGCCUGCAUUAAAAUGGGAUAGAACUAGUGGACAGAACUAGUGAUGGGAAUAUGGUUCGCUUUAAUUUGGCUUGAUUAGGUUUUAAUAGUAUAAAGUGCCACAACCUUGUAAAUGUGAUACUUCAACUUGUACUUAUCUAUCAUACUGUCUGAUCUUUGGGUGAUCAGGGUCAAAGCCAGUUUGUUCUUCUAAAGUUGAAUUCAUUCUGAUGGCUGACCCUCUCACCCCUUGUCCGUUGGAGUCCUAUUUUUAAAGAUCAGUUUGCUGUCUAUUUGGCAUCCCAGCUAACAAUUAAGAGUAGGCUGUAAGGGAAGAUUGUCAAUAUUUCAUGUGGGAAGAAAAGCCACAGUUAGUUUUGUCUUUGCACUUUGGAUCCUGAAUUUUCCCAUGAAACAUAGCCACAUCUAGAUAAAUGUGAGCUUUUUCUCUUAUUAGAACUAUUUCCAAUGUCUACAAAAAUGAUUUUCUUCUAUAGAAUGUUUCUGACUCAUAUUAACCCUUGUCUGUAAGACACAUAUUUGGCAUACUAUUUGGAAAAAAGUAAAUAGCUUUUUCAAAAUG